CUUUCUUUUCUUCUCCUGCUUCCACCUUUUCUUGCUUUUUUGCAUCUUCUCUUGCUUGUGCCCUCAACACACCACCGCCCCCAAUGUCUCCUUCCUUUAUCAAAAUUUUUUUCUCUCUCUCUCUCAGGACGUAAAUAUUUUUAUAUAUAAAUAAUAAUGAAGGGUUCAAAAUCCUCCAUUUCCUUUUCAACAAGGUCAUGAUACUUAAUUAUCUGGUUUGAAAUAUAUUUCUGCUUGUCCUUUUUUGUUUCAGAUAAAUCUAAAAUCAGAACUAGCAGCUAGUUUGGAGAUCGAACUACAUCAAAGCUAAGGAAGACGAGCGCUCAUUAGAAGGCAAAAAAGAAGAAGAAGGUUAGAAUUUUAGAGAGAAUGGGUACAAGGAUUGUUCAAUGUGUUAUAUUCAUCCUAUUGGGUCUGUUUCCCUGUUCAGGUUUAAGUAGUGCAACAGAUCAGAGUGAAGAAAAUAUUGUUGUUAUUGGACGCAAGAGAGAAGUAAAGCAUGGGGAGGAGAAACAAGUAGAUGAUGAGCUACUAGUAUUAUCUUCCAUUUCCACCACCCAAAAUGACAUCACUACUCCUAUACCGACGGUUCCAACAAUGAAUAUUCCCAGUAGUUCAGGUUCAGCAACAACUACUACUAAUGUUCCAGUUGUGAACCCAGCGGUUUCAAAUCCAGACUCACCACCAGCAACCACUAAUAACCCGGUCAUGAGUACUCCAACAACAACCACAUCAUCAUCAUCAUCAUCAUCUUCGACUUCGAGUACUGGAAGCAGCUGGUGCGUUGCUAGCCAAUCUGCACCGCAAAUUGCAUUGCAGGUUGCCUUGGACUAUGCUUGUGGCUAUGGUGGUGCAGAUUGUUCGGCCAUUCAGCCUGGAGGAAGCUGUUACAAUCCCAAUACACUCCGUGACCAUGCUUCUUCUGCAUUCAACAGCUACUAUCAGAACAAUCCCGUUCCUAAUAGCUGUAAUUUUGGUGGCACGGCUAUUAUUACCAACACUGACCCAAGUUAUGAGACAUGCCAGUAUCCAUCCACUAGCACGAGCUCAUCAGUUUUAAACACAACAAAUUCAAGUGGAUCAACAGUUUUUGGUGCAGGACGUCCUUCAACCCCCACAAGUGCAGCAGCUGCUUGUACUAGUUUACCAAAUAUCUUCAUUUCAACAGCUCUCAUCAUCAUGUUAUUGCUAGCCCACUAAUCACGUCCAAAUGAUUGAAGAUUAAUUCUGGGUUGCCAACCAGUUGGGUUUUUUUCUCAAACCAAGAUUUUGAAAUCAAGGCAUCUCCAUUCAAAUCAAUUGUUGUUUUAUACACAUACAUAUUUUAAUUUUGUUGCCUUUGGUAUAUAUAUAUAUAGUGAUCAAGGAGAGAGAAUUGAAUACGUACUGCAGCAAGGGGAAGAUAUGCAGCUAGCUACUUAAUUGAUGGCCGGGCAUUUAUUUGUAUUGUAUUGGCUUUAGAGUACAUUAGAUUCUUUUGUAAAGGUUGGAAAUUAGCGAAAGCUUGGUUGAAUUGGCAA